CUCUAAUAAGAUGCUCUCUCUCUCUUUCCUCUCUCUCUUUUGUUUUCACCCAUGGCUUCUUUUAGAAGCCCCAAUGCAUUGCAUUAAUUACUUGAGCCCCAUCACAGUGGGAGAAUGGAGGAGUUAAACCCUUCUCUAUUUGUGGGGUUUUUACUUCCUCUUUUUGGUGAUGUAGUGUGGUGAGGAGGCCUAAAAGAGGAGUUUUGUGAGCUGGGCUUGGCUCCUCUGGGGGCUAUCUCAACUGGGUUUGCUUUUGUUUCUGCUGGGGAGUGGAAAGAAGGGUGAAAGAUGGGAUUUUGCUUGGUGGGUUUGUGUCCUUCUUUGGUUUUCUCAGCUGGGUUUGUGUGGGGGGAUUGAAGGUGUUGUAGGAUCUGGAUGUCUCUUGUGGUGCCAGGGUUGCAGUUCCAUUAAAUGGAGCUCAUUUUUUGGAUCAAUUUGUUGGUCCUUUCCUUUUCACUUCUCUGUUUGGGAGGCCUCUCCCAAGAGGAUGGAGCUGUGUAUAUUGUGACAAUGAAGCAGGCCCCUGCAGUUCAUUACAACAGUGACUUGAAGAGGUUUGGGAGUAGUAGCUCAACUAAAGGAGGAGUCUCUGGGACAACGAAUAUCCUCAACAAGCCAAGGAAUUCGACAGCGUAUUCAGAUUACAGCUCAUAUUUGGUCCGUCUUCAAAAUUCGCUAUUGAAGAAGGCAUUAAAAGGGGAGCUCUAUCUAAAGCUAUAUAGCUAUCAUUAUUUGAUUAAUGGGUUUGCUGUCCUUAUCACUCCUCAACAGGCAGAAAAGCUCUCUAGAAGGAGAGAAGUAGCAAAUGUAGCUUUGGACUUCUCAGUAAGGACUGCCACUACACAUACACCUGAAUUCCUAGGUUUGCCGCAAGGCGCAUGGGUUCAGGAAGGUGGGCCCGAUGUUGCUGGCGAAGGAAUAGUCAUUGGUUUUAUCGACACGGGCAUUGAUCCGACUCAUCCCAGCUUUGCCGACGAUCUUUCUACGAAUGGCUACCCCGUUCCUGCCCAUUUUUCUGGUGUUUGUGAAGUAACAAGGGAUUUCCCUUCUGGGUCCUGUAAUAGAAAGCUUGUCGGUGCUCGCCAUUUUGCUGCUUCUGCUAUAACUAGGGGAAUCUUCAAUUCUUCGAAGGAUUAUGCUUCGCCAUUUGAUGGUGAUGGCCAUGGCACGCACACAGCUUCGAUUGCAACUGGUAAUCAUGGAAUUCCUGUUAUUGUGGCUGGGCACAACUUUGGGAAUGCAAGUGGCAUGGCGCCUCAUGCACACAUUGCUGUUUAUAAAGCUCUUUACAAAAGCUUCGGAGGCUUUGCUGCUGAUGUAGUUGCUGCUAUUGACCAGGCAGCUCAAGAUGGUGUUGACAUUAUAAGUUUAUCCAUCACCCCUAACAGACGCCCUCCCGGAAUAGCAACAUUCUUUAAUCCUAUCGACAUGGCGUUGCUUUCUGCGACAAAAGCUGGAAUCUUUGUGGUGCAAGCGGCAGGAAAUACUGGGCCUUCUCCCAAAAGCAUGUCUUCCUUUAGCCCGUGGAUAUUUACUGUAGGUGCUUCUGCUCAUGAUAGGAUCUAUAAUAAUUAUCUGGUUCUUGGCAACAACUUAACCAUUUCGGGAGUUGGUCUCGCUCCUGGGACAGAUGGCGACUCGAUGUACACUCUCGUCGCUGUAACUCAUGCAUUAAAAAAUGAUACGACUAUAUCUACUGACAUGUAUGUGGGAGAAUGCCAAGACCCAACUCAUCUAAAUCAAGAUGUAAUCAAAGGAAAUCUGUUGAUCUGUAGUUAUUCCAUUCGAUUUGUGCUUGGCCUGUCCUCAAUCAAACAAGCUUUAAACACGGCAAAAAAUGUUUGCGCAGUUGGAGUUAUAUUCUACCUGGAUCCAUUUGUUAUCGGGUUCCAGCUCAAUCCGACUCCUAUGGAUAUGCCUGGCCUGAUAAUACCAUCUUCUGAUGAUUCUAAGAUUUUUCUGGAGUAUUACAAUAACUCGUUGGUGGGAAAUCAAACCUCUGGAAGAAUUGCUAGGUUUGGUGGGGUUGCGAAAAUAUUAGGAGGCCUAGAGGCCAAUUACAGCAAACCUGCGCCAAAAGUAAUGUAUUAUUCAGCUAGGGGACCGGAUCCUGAGGACGCUUCUCUUUCUGAUGCUGAUAUCAUGAAACCCAAUCUAAUAGCCCCUGGUAAUUUAAUAUGGGGUGCGUGGAGUUCAUUGGGCACGGACUCUGCUGAAUUUGAAGGUGAGAACUUUGCAAUGAUCUCUGGCACAAGUAUGUCUGCUCCCCACAUUGCUGGGCUGGCUGCUUUAAUCAAGCAGAAGUUUCCCAGUUUCAGUCCGUCGGCCAUAGCUUCUGCACUCUCCACAACUGCUACAUUAUAUGACAGGCAAGGCGGUCCGGUCAUGGCUCAACGGUCUUAUAGCAACCCAGAUUCGACUCAGUCGCCUGCUACACCCUUCGACAUGGGCAGCGGUUUUGUUAAUGCUACUGCUGCUUUAGACCCCGGACUCAUUUUUGAUUGUGGUUAUGACGACUACCUUUCCUUUCUUUGCGGCAUCAAUGGAUCUGCGCCAGUAGUUCUGAACUACACAGGAAAUACCUGUGGGAUUUCAACAACGACUGGGGCCGAUUUAAAUCUCCCCUCUAUCACAAUAGCACUGCUCAACCAAUCAAGAACUAUAAUAAGAACAGUCACCAACAUAGCUAAUAAUGAAACUUACACACUCAGUUGGAGCGCGCCUUAUGGCGUCUCCGUCUCGGUCCAACCCCCACAGUUUUUUAUCGCCAGCGGCCAAAAACAGAACUUGACCUUUGCUUUUAAUGCUGCAAUGAAUAGCUCCUCCGCAAGCUUUGGAAGAGUUGGGUUCUAUGGUAGCCAAGGCCACAAGUCGACUAUUCCGUUGUCCGUCGUCUCGAAGAUAACAUAUAACCAUACAGUAAGCUGACUAUAUAACCAUACAGUAAGCUGACUUGUAUGCGGACCUCUGUUGCUUUUGCUUUUCCUUUUCCUUUCAAGUUUGACCCAUUUUUUUUGUGUUUAUUGAUUUUGGUGUACAUUUUGAAGAAUGUGAGUGUAAUCUUUGACCAUUGCCACUAAUUUGUACAGAUGGCUUAAGUUUUCAGUAGCCCGGGGGCCAGCGGUGUCGCCGAAAUGUUGUUGUUGAACAAUUUGUUGUGGAUUUGCUUUUUGGCUCAAACAUGAAUUGAGUUACUUGCAUUUUUAGAAA